UGACAAACGCGUACUUCUCUGGUCCGUUGCUGGGGCCUUGCUGGGCAAGGGUACCCCAGCUGUAAUGAGAACAUCACAUAGAAGUAACAUUUUUUGUUUGACGUUCGAUUCUUGCAACGAAAAAAUAUUUUCCGGUGGUAACGAUGACCAAGUUCUCAUCCAUGAAGUCAAUACGGGUACUUUAAAAACAUCUAUCGCCCAUGAAAAACCAGUAUAUGGUAUAAGUAUACACCCUCAAAAUGAUGAAAUUAUAGCUACUGCAGGAGAAGAUGGGCGGAUAUUGAUUUACGAUACUAGAGAACAACCACAUCAAGAUUGUCAAGUUGUGGCUCAAAAGGAAAGUGGUUUCCACUCGGUUGUGUUUAACCCUUUGAAGCCCCGUUACUUAGUGACUGCCAACUCCGAAGAAGGUAUUGGUCUGUGGGAUUGCAGAAAACCGAAGACGCAACUUCUUCACUACGACAAACAAAGCGGCAAAACAAGCGGCAUCAGUGCCUGUUUUGACUCGACUGGUAAGAAAGUGCUGGCCCUAAGAAGACGUCUUCCACCUGUCCUAUACAUGGCCGAAUCUGAGUCUCCCGUUUGCCAAUUUUACCAUCCCCAAUACUACAAUUCGUGUACUAUGAAAACUUGCUGCUUCGCCGGAUACAACGAUGAGUACAUACUGAGCGGAUCUGAUGAUUUCAACUUGUACAUGUGGAAAAUACCACAGGACGAUUCUGAAUGGGGUUCUUCACAUAUGGUGCUUCGUGGACAUCGGUCUAUAGUGAAUCAAGUGCGAUAUAAUAGGCAUAACUUUUUGAUAGCUUCUUCUGGAGUAGAGAAAAUAGUCAAAGUAAGUUUUUCAAUUCAAUUCAAUUCUUUAUUUAUCCAUUCGAGCAAAUACAGCUAUAGGACAAGUCAAAAAACAUAUAGACAUACAACAAAGUACA